AUGGCCGCUCCGAGCGACGCCCUCUCGAGCACGCUAUCUGCGGCGCUGGAGCAGGUCAGCGUCGGCAGCGCCGGCAGCACCGUCGCCGCCACCACCACCAUUACCGCCCUCGUCGAUCCUGCCACUGCUGCCCGCGAGAACGAGACGCUCCUCUCUGCCCUCGAGCUGUCGGCGGCGUCGAGCCUCGAGCACGUGCUCGCACGCGAGGUUGCUGUCUCGUGCGGGCUCGCGGCAGGAGCUGGCGGCGUGCAUGGCGGCGGCGGCAGCAGCGGCGGCGUGGUGGACGUACCGCGGCUGCAGGAGGUGCUCCGGCAGGCGGAGGCGAGCAUUCAGGCGACGCCCCACGCCUGGGUAAACGUCACGGCGGCGUCGCGCAUCUUCGACAUCGGCCGCUCCCGCGUGACCGCUGCCCUUGGCGCGGCGGCGACGGUGCAGCGCGAGCUCGAGCGGCUCGCUCCUCCUCCCUCCUCCUCGGCUGGCCCCCACACGGCCGAGCGGCAGCAGCGAGGCAGCUUCUCCUCCGCCGCCGCCGCAGCAGCAGAGGCGGCAGAGGCGGCGGCGGCGGCGGCGCUGGCGUCGGUCGAUGGACAGUGGGCUCUCGGCGCACGUUGCGAGAGGAGGCGAGAGAGCGACGGUGCGGCGCCGCACCCGGCGCUGCUCGGCCACGCUGAGCGAGCGGUGGACAGCGCGAGGUGCGCGGUCGCCGCCUCGUCCGCCGCAAGCGAUGGCGCGGCGGCGGCGGCGAGGCGGGCGGUGGCGGAGGCGGUGGCGGAGCGGGAUGCAACUCGCGCAGAAGCGGCGGAGGCGCAGGCGGCGCUGCGGGCCGAGGUGCGGCGCUUGACGGAGCUGGUGGAGGGGUAUCAGAGGAGGAUCGGGGAGCGGCAGACUUGA